AUGGCAAGUGUGUGUGGUUCUGCGAGCGACGCAGGCUCCCCAAGUUGUGCUCGUCGACGACAAGAUGAUGCUGACAGGCGCGUCGGUGUACUGUCGAGGACCCUCAACUCCAGCUCCAGUAUCAGAUGGGUCCUUCCCGCCAGGAUUCGCUCCCCCGCAAAGAACGAUGUCGUCUUUGUAGGUUCGACCUUCGUCCAACUCCACGAAUUCCUGGAUACCGGACAGCUGGUCAAUACAACAGCCAAGCUGGACUUUGGGACGCAGAUUGCAGACGCAAAAGUCAUCUCGGCGGAUCUGAAGGUCGUCCCGAUUGUCGACGCGAUCUUAAAGCAAGAGCGAGACCAGGAACGGUACACCAUCCGUGGGCAGCCCGUCAGCCCGACCCAGCCGCCACAGAUACUGGUCUUGGCUACUGUGGACAACGAGUUGAUCUAUGUCUAUGCGAAGGAAGACAUUGCCGCCAAUGUCAAACUGGUCUUUGCAAAGCGACCGUUGCUGAGAGGAGCCGGCCUGCCUCGGAGCCAGUGUCGAUAUCUGGCCGUUGACUACGAGUCCCGUGCGCUCGCGGUUGCUUCGCCGUCCGGCUACUUUGGAGUCUUCAAGCUGCGGCCUGUUGACGAUGUCAAGACUGAGAUUGAUCGCUGGGAUCCUCUGAGCCACGGAUCCUUCCGGCCUUCCGAAGAGCAACGCUUCAUCCAAGUGGAUGGCGACAUUGUCAUGCUUGAUUUCCUACGAAGCCCCGAUUCCGAUCCCACCAAAGUGUUGCUACUCGUGCUGGUCCAUUCCGCGGAUGAAUCCAACACUACCCUUCAAUACUUGUACAAAUGGGAUACGCGUUCCCCUCUCCAGACCAUCAAGCCCAUGUCUUGCAGCGGCCGCCGGCUCAAAGAAGACCAGCUACCUCUGAUGUUGAUUCCCUCGACACGGCCCUAUUCUUUCCUAGUGGUCCUAGAAACGGGGAUUAGCUACUACGAGGACGUCCACUCGUCCGAGUCCAAACGCAUCAAUUGCCAGUUCGUGGGCAAAGCAGCAGGGCCUCUCGAAUGGGUUCAGUGGGCCAAACCGAGACGUCACAACGAAUAUCUCGAGAAACGUGAUGACCUGGUCAUUGUUCGAGAGGACGGACUGCUUCAGUAUUUCCAGAUCGAAAAGGCCUCGAGUACAAAAUUUAACAUGAACAACACCAUCGGCCAUCUCGGUUUCGACGUCGACACCGCUUUCUGCAUGCUGGCCGGCCCCCCUGAGAAGGGUGGUGAUAUCAUCAUAGCAGGGGGCAGCAUGACAGACGGAGGUGUCUUCCAUGUUUCUGCUCGAGGGUCUCCGCAGCGAACACAAGUCAUUGAGAACAUCGCUCCUCUGAGGGACAUGGUCCUCGCGUCGCCGCCCCUGGGCAAUUCCCAUGGAUUCGAGUCGCGAGAAGCCUCUAGUCGACUUUACACUUGUAGCAUCCGAGGCGAUGGCCCCGGUGAGCUGUCGGAAAUCCGAUACGGCCUGGAAGCGCAGAUCGGGUGGAUGAUGGACUAUCCGGACGCCGCCUUUCUCGACCAGAUAUGGUCUCUUGAGAUCGCGGAGCGCAGCGAACUGCUCCUGCUGGGGUCACAUACAACACACACGACGAUGGUUUCAUUUGAUCUCGAAACCCAAGACAUCUCCUUCACGGAUGCUGAAAGUCACCCCGGCAUUGACUUUGACAAACCGACACUCGCUGCGGCUGUCGUUGGGAACGGUACGAUUGUGCAAGUGACCCCUGCUGGCGUUAACGUCGUGCCAACGGCCACGGUGACUCCUCCAGCCUUAAAACCUAAUCGCGUCAAGGCCGAUCUACAGGUCGCAGCAUUCCUCAACGAUAAUACCAUCGUCGCUACAGCAGGCAAGGGCCCGUCGGGUUUCGAGAUCGGAUUGACGUCCAUUGUGACCUUGGGUGAAGGGGCCGCCCGGUUGACUCCUGCACCUCGCACAAGCUUAGCGGAGACCCCUACCAGCAUAUGUUACUUAAAUCUCAAGGAUGCUCGACUGCUUCUGGUGGGAACGGCCGCUUCUCGACUCAUCGUCUACACCAUCAGACCCGACCAAACUCUGCAACUCUCAUUCCAAAGUCAGGUCAGGGACAUUCAUGCGCAGGUGGAGAACUCAGCAAUCACCUCGAUGGCUGCACUCUGCCUUGACGACCAAGCCGGGGCACUCCUUCUUUGCGGACUACGCCACGGCGUUUUGCUCUGUUUGGAGCUAUCGCUUGAGGGCACUCGGUCGCUAAGUGUCAGAUGUGAUGACUUUUACCGUCUCGGAUCAACUCCAGUCCAACUCUUCGCAGAAAAUAUAACUGCCAACCAUCGGGCAGCCUCAUCUGCACUGGUGCUAUGCCAUACCGAUAUGCGACGUGUGACACUUCAUCCGAGUCUCGCCGCAGUGGACUACACCGUCUCUGGUCUUUGGAUCACAGACCGAACUGACCCUUCCGCAGAGCCACUGAUAAAUGCAUUUCAUCGCGUCCCAAGGCUGGCAACCCCUGUUUCAGAUCCCGGGGGUUUGCUGGUUUGUGCCACGGACGACGUGCUCUUAUUCUGCUCUCUCGUCACGCAAGAGCAAGGAGUUGUCAGAAAGGUCGCUGUUGACGGCGAUCCACAGCGCGUGCAGUUCUCAGAGUAUUUGAACAAAUUUGUGGUUGCUUUCGAAAGAGUAUAUCACGUCCACAGAGACGAUCUCGACCCGAAGAGCCCUGAUGGGGUCGGGAAAGGUCCUAUCUCACCACGAAAAAUGCAGCAAAUCGGCUUGCAACUGAUCGAUCCUGUCUGGAAGGAUCCGAAAGCCAGUGGUACCUCGGUGAUUGUCGCAGAGGACACGAAUGAGAGGGUCAAUGCUCUCAUCAAUUGGGCACCGACGGAUGGGGCGAAUCAUUACGAAUGGGUUGUACUCGCCCUCGAACAUAAGAUUCCGGGACUGCCCCAGCGCAGCGGUCGGGUCGUCUGUGUUAAUGCUAAAAGCCUCAGCAAAGGUUCCUUCGAGAACAUCCAGAAAAUCGCGUUCCGAAGUCCGGACAAACCCGUCACCGCCAUCUGCGCCUACAAAAUGUCCUCACUUUUGAUUGCCGCGGGAAGGGAAAUCCACGUCCACAACCUCGACUUCGCAACGCGCAAAUGGAAGACGUUGUCGAAACACGCAUUGCCAUCCCCGGCCAAGGCCAUAUCUUGUCAAGGCUCAUUCAUUUUCGUUGCAACAUCACAACAUUCGCUGUUCGUUCUUGUGGAACAGGAUGGUAAACUGAGCCAACACCAAUCAGACACUGAGGCCCGGUGCGCUGUGGACGUGAUCGGCUUCCGCGGUGACUCCGCGGUGUUCUCAGCGUGGAGCGAUAGCGGGACAGACUUGAUGGCGUUCGGCGGCUUCAACAAGGUCAACAAGGACCCCUUCCCUCUAUUCCACGCCAGCUUGCCGCUCAUGAUCAACCACAUCUGCCUGGACCCACAGUCGCAUUUGAAGAUCACGGCACGGUGUCGGUUUUAUGGCAGUGCGAGUGACGGUACGCUUUUCCACUUCAGUCUGCUUAAAGCCCGCGAGUGGAAGCUGCUGCAUUUCCUGGAACAAAUGAGCUAUAUGGAACGCAAGACGGUCAAGCCCGUGCCCAUCAAGAAGAAAGGCACUGAAGGUGAGGACGUUGUCAUCAACCCUACCCCUACCAAGCUCAAGGACAUGCACAUUCGUGGCGAUCGACUGCUCAUGAUGAUCGAGCCCGGGCCCUACAAUUUGCGAAGCCUAUUGAAAGAAUCCGAGCGGGCAGAAACUUUCCAUGCUCUAGUUAAAGAGGUGUUGGGAGAGACGGAGCACCCAGUCGAGGCCGCAACGGUGUGGAUGAGGAGGCUGCUGAGACAUCCUCCUCGAUCUCGAUCCGGAUGA